AUGGAUGAAGUUGAGCAAAUGAGAUUAGAGCUAUGUCAGUACUUCUGUGAUGAUGAACAGUCGUUCAAAUUAGACGAAUGUAUCACGGUUGUUGAUUCAUUCUGCAAGCGUUUCAUCACGGCCCAUAAUGAAAACAAAGAAAGAGAUCUUCAGAUGGAGAGAGCGGCACAGAGAAAGCAAGAAAGAGAGAAAAUACGGAUUCAAGGCUCUACUGCACCUUCAAGUAACUCUGACAAUGAUGGUCAUGAAUUCAGCGUCCUAGGACAGGUCCAACAAACACAACCGACGCAUAGAGUAAGAUCGGCUUCUAUAACAAGAAGAUUUGACUUAGGAAUUAACGAGAAAGGAGACGAGACAAGAGACCUCAUGAACAUCCUCCUACAGCCAUCUACUAAUCUCGAUACUUUGGAAUCGAUAAGAUUCAACAGCCUCCGAAUCAACAGGAGAAAGAGUAAGAACUACAUCGAGAAUGUAGACAGGGAGAGAUCUCCAUUGAACUGCAACAACUCACAACCAACCUGUCUCGACAGCUUGCUGCUUAGCAACAAUUCUUGCGAUAAGCCCACCGAAGAAACGACCGACAGAAACGAAUAUUCCUUCGUUAGAAGGAGCCGGACUAGAAGCUCCUGUCCAUCUAGAGUACAAAAAGUUGACUCUCUAUCUCCAGUUGAUAUAGAAGAAAACAACAAAGCCGUAAUGAGGAAUAAAGAUUCUGGCGAUACGGCAAAGCAUGAUCAACUCGAUAAACGUUUGAGCCGAGAAAUCGCGAUGAAAGCAGCAUCAUACGAACAACAGAUUAGAGAAUUGGAGUCAUCUUUGGAAAUGUUCAACAGUGAUCUGAAUCUCAACGAAAGUCUCACUAGUCCUAAAAUUCAACUUAGUGCUCCUGAAAAAUUAGAAGACUUCAAAGUUGACAACGCUCUUCAUUUAUCUACACCGCCACCACCACCAGCGGCAUCACUGAACGUGAAAGAACGCAUGAAGAGAUUAACGCAAUUAUAUUCUGGGUUGGAACCUCAGGAAGUUGAAAUGAAGCGCACGCACAAUUACGGACGAGAGGUGAAUGCAACGGCCAACAGCAUCAACAGCAACGUCAGCAACAUCAAAAACCUCCACAACAGAGAUUCUACCAGCAGUUCUGUCACUAGCGAGAAACAUUACUCUGACAAAUUAUCUGACAACAACUUCAAAGACGAAGGGUUCGACUCCGAAGAGUUCUCUAAUACAUCAACAUCUCAGAAGAGUUCUCGAAAUAGUUCUCGAGAAAGAGACUCGGGUUCCGUGAACAUCAACGUCACGAAUGAUCUUCCAAUCGACUUUCAAAAAAUUACAACUACUCCUUCGUUAAAUAACAAUUUUAAAACUAGUAAACAGGAAAAGGUUUUAAGCUUGAGCUCCACCAACGUUAAACCAAAACAAAUUAUUGACAGAUCUAACGAGAUGCAUCCUACAACAGCACGAAGCAACGUGCAUUCAAAAAUCUCAUCGAUGCGACCAACAACAUCAGGACUAUCAACUGAAUCUCAAAAAACAAGACCUUAUCAAUUUAGGACAAAUUUCGGCUCCACAAUCGCAAACUUCAACCACAAACCGCCCAACGCAUUCAACAGAACAGCUUCAAAACCAGCAAGUCGAGUGACACCACUGGCAGCAGAAAAAAGCAAACAAGAAAAAGAGAAGCGAGUCAAAAGCGAAACGAUUUACAAGACAUCUAACCCGCCGGCGACAUCUACAGAUAAAAAACGAACUUCUCUCAGAGAUUCUUCAGCGUCCUCGCAAAAUAACUUCAAAUCUACCUCAACAGUUUCGGCGUCUGGGAAGAAACAGCGAUCCUCUUCGGCUACAGGCGUGCGACGGAGGGAUUUGCAGUCCUACACUAACGCCGUCGAAGCAAAACUCCGCCAUACACGUCUCGACCCGAUCACCAACCUGACUGCUUCCUUCCUACUAGAUUCUACUAAAAAGCAACCACAUCUUUCCAGGGACGAUCGCCCAAAAAAUUCCAAACCAUCUCCGCCGGCUUACGCUCUCAACGGCAACAAAUCAUCAUUGAUGAAGUUGUCAACGUUGUCGCUGAAUGGCAAUCCCUCUGAUGCACCACGCAAACGAAACGGAUCAUCCUCUUCAAACAGAUCAAAUCUCAGUAACACAACCGCCACCAACACAACCACGCAAAAAAGUUCAGACAGCUCGUUCGUCAGAGGUUCAACUGCACGCUCAACCAUGCCUACACCCGCCUCAGUAGAAAGAAACAAAUGCAAAUUGACGAUUACAUUGAAAACUAAUAAACCAAAAACACUAUUAGACCGGCCCUCGAAAGACGUUGCCCAAACCACAACUCUGAAAAUGACCAGACCAAUCAAACCAACGAUGUUGAGAAAACAUUGA